AUAAUGACCGCUCACUUACCGGCCAUUGGCGGGACAGCACUGUCGAAAAUCGGGUGACAAAAGUGAUACUGUCCUUUGAACAGAGUAUAGUAUAGUUAAUUACACUAUUUACACUGUGUAAUAAUGUCUGAGUCUGCAUUCAAAAUUGUAAUGGAUAUUGAUAUUGAAAGUACAGCCGCUUCUCAAGAACGUGAUGAAUCGGAAUCCACAAGUGAGAGCCAGUCCAAACCUGUAUCCAAAUCACCUUGGAGAAAUUCGAAAAAACCAAAAUGUAAGAAGUCGAAAAAACUCGUGUGUAAGAAGUCGAAAAAAAACGAAUGUAAGAAGAAGACAAAUGUUUUGGAUAGAAAAACCAAACGUAAAAAUGCUGUUAAAUCGAUGAAAAUAAGAUCCUUGAAAACAUUACUACGCAAAUUUAGCAAGCAACUGGUACCCAACAAUGCUGUCAUUAAUGAUUCUGUUGAAAAAAACUUUAUUUACCUUUAUAAUAAGAUGAAAAUAGGACCCUUGAAUACAUUACUACGCAAAUUUAGCAAGCAACUGGUACCCAAAAAUGCUGUCAUUGAUGAUUCUGUUGAAAAAAACUUAAUUUACCUUUGUAAUGACUUAAAACUUGUAAAUAUUUAAUAAUUAUUAUUGUUUUAAUUUAUCUGUUUUGAAUUGUAAUAAAGCAAUAGCAGCCAACUACUUUA